AUUGCUGGCUAUUUUUGAAACAGCUACUUUUGGCUACCCCUAGCUAGGCAAGCGCAGUUGCUCAGCACUGCCGAUGUAAACAAUGGCAACACGCGGAUUCAGAUGAAAUUGAAAUGAAUAUAGACGAUGGCCGAUGGAACCAGCACUAAAACCAGCACCAUGCGCCUGGGAAUGUGCGAGGUGUGCGCCGGAAAUGAAGCCCGCUACGCGUGUCCCAAAUGCGAGGUGAAAACGUGCAGCCUGCCCUGCGUCCAGAUCCACAAGAAGGAGCUCAACUGCGAUGGCCAGCGGGAUCGCACCAAAUUCGUGCCCCUGAGCGAGAUGACGUCGCGGGAAUUUAUGAGUGACUACUGCUUCUUGGAGGAGUGCACACGCUAUGCAGAGAAUCGGAAAACCGAUCCGUGCAAGCGAUUUACCCACGACCAAAGGAAUCUUCCGGUGGCCCAGCAUCGCAUGCGUAUGGCAGCCAAGAAGCGCAACAUCAAUCUGCGCUUGCAACUGGCCAAUUUCAGUCGGCACAAGGAGAACACCACGUAUCUGAACUGGAAACAGGAACGAUUCUAUUGGCGUGUGGAGUGGCUGUUUGCAAACAUUCCUCCCGAGGCAAGCCUUCCCUGCGAUGUGGCCCGAUUCGUGGACGAGCGAUGUGAUGAGGAGGUCACGCUUGCCGAUCUGGCGGUCAAGUAUGUGGAUCUGCAGCAGGAGACGGCACGGGAUCAGCGUAAAUUGCUGGCAAACCAUCAAACCGCUGGUAUUGGCCAGCUGAGUUUUUGGCUAAGAGCCGAGGGCGUGCGUCGCAGCUGUACGAGGUGUUAUCUCCUGGAGGCGACCAAAACGCUGGGCGAGAAUCUAGCCGGCAGAACCAUCGUGGAGUUUCCCACCAUUUUCGUUACCCACGAGCCGAAACCUCCAGGAGGAUAUGAAGCCAUCGACAGCAGUGACGAACUCGAGGAGGAGCAGGAAGAGUCGCCUAUGACCAAACCAGGAGCAUCCUCCAAAGCAAUUGCGGAGGACUUGGAUGAUUCACAUGAUGUGUACCAUGAUCUGGCUGCAGCCUUUCCUGGUGAAGAUGCCAGUGAAACCGAAGACGACGACGAAUUUGAGGCACUCUACAGAGAACGUGUAGAAGGAAUACAGGACUAUGGCCUGCACUGAAUUGGCAAAACACGAUCCAUUGUAAAUAAAACAAUUAGCUUUUAAAUUUUACAUAAGUUCUGUAUUUUCUCGUACGCAUUUAAUUUGAUUUUUAUUUUAGGCUUAUUAAACAUUAAUAAUUCA